AUAGAGGUGCUCGCCAUGGCUGAGUUUGGAGAUCUUUUAAGUGCUGUGGGGGAGUGUGGGCUGUAUCAGAARCUGCUGAUGCUGCUCCUCUCCCUCCCACUACUUUUCAAUCCUUUUCAAAUGGUGGCCCARCUGUUCAUGGUUGUGGAAGUGCCUCACCACUGUGACACCAGCUGGAUCCGCRCYGUCGGCCCCAACCUGACRGAGGAAGAGCAGCUGAACCUCACCCUGCCCCGGGGCGCUGACGGGCAGUUCGAGCAGUGCUCCAUGUACUCRCCCGUGGACUGGGACCUGGAUUCCAUCRUGGCCUACGGCCUCAAUGACACGCAGAAGUGCAGCAGUGGCUGGGUGUACCACACAGAGCAGCCGCCGUCCCUGCUGACCGAGUUUGACCUGGUAUGUGACAGGGCGAUCCUGAAUGACGUCUCCCAGUCUGUCUCCAUGGCUGGACUUCUCAUUGGAUCCAUGCUCUUUGGGAUGCUGAGUGACAGGAUAGGCAGGCGGCCAGUCUUUCUCAUCUCCGUCCUCCUCCAGGGCUUGUUUGGCCUGSGAAUUGCCUUUGUGCCCCAUUUCUAUGUGUACAUGGCCUUCAGGUGUGUCGUGGGAGCUGCGGUGGCAGGAAUUAUGGUKACAGUCGUGGCCCUGGCUACAGAAUGGGUUGGAGUCUCCUACCGGUCAAAGGCGCUGCUGAUUACUCACACCGCUUUCGCCAUUGGACAGAUGUUGGUGUCUGGUUUGAGUUAUGGGAUUCGCAACUGGAGGCUGCUGGAAAUUGCAGGAUCUGCUCCACUGUUUGCCCUUUUCUUCUAUAUCUGGGUGCUCCCAGAGUCAGCUCGCUGGCUGGUGACCAAAGGYMGAGUGGAGGAAGCCAAGAAGGUCCUGCAGAAGGCRGCAGCCACCAACAAGCGCAGCCUCCCACCAGGGCUCCUGGAGCAGUUGAAGCCUGAGCAAGAGGUCAAGUCUGGAAGUUUAUUGGAUCUCUUUCGGAAGMAGCACCUGCGGAAGGUGACGAUAAUCAUGUCAUGUGUCUGGUUUGCAGACAGUAUUGUCUACUAUGGGCUGAGCCUCAGCGUGACAGAUUUUGGUCUGGACAUUUACCUGACUCAGCUGGCUUUUGGGGCAGUGGAGUUUCCAGCUCGAAUUUCCUGCAUUUUCCUGCUGGAGUGGUUUGGGAGGAGGAAAGUGCAGGGCAUUCUCCUGUUGCUGUCUGGCGUGCUGUGCCUCAUCCUCACUGGCAUCCCUGAAGACCAGCCYGUGGCAAUCACAGUCCUGGCCAUCAUCGGCAAGUUCACAGCCACGGCCUCUUUCUCCACCUCCUACGUCUACGCCGCCGAGCUSUUCCCCACGGUCGUCAGGCAGACGGGCGUGGGGCUGUGCUCGACCAUGGCRAGGGUGGCCGGCAUCCUGGCCCCACUGAUCAUCCCCCUGGACCAGUAUCACCGAGCCAUCCCCAUGGCCAUCUUCGGGAGCAUCCCGGUGGUGGUGGCCUUGUUCUGCAUCCUGUUGCAUGAGACCCGCGGUGUUGAGCUGGCAGAUGACACAGGGAACAACCAACCUCCAGCUGAGGAGCAGAAGACUGGAGAGUUUCCCUGA